AAAAGAAAAUCAAACAAACACUCUCUCUUUCUCUUUACAGAAUCCCAAACUCAGAAAACCCCUCCUCACUAUGGAAGAGCUCUCAGCGGGGCCUCUCGUCCCCGCCGUCAAACCUGAUCUUUCUAAACCCUCCGCCGUCGACACUGACACCACUUUCGCCCCCGAAACCUCCGGUGAUGGUGUUCCGGCAGUUGUGUCGGAGCCGGACAAGGACUUCCUGUGCCCGAUUUGCAUGCAGAUCAUCAAGGACGCGUUUCUAACGGCUUGCGGCCACAGCUUCUGCUACAUGUGCAUCAUCACUCACCUCCGCAACAAGAGCGAUUGCCCUUGCUGCGGCCAUUUCCUCACCAACAGCAACUUGUUCCCUAACUUCUUGCUCGAUAAACUACUAAAAAAGACAUCUGCUCGUCAAAUGUCAAAAACUGCCUCCCCAGUGGAACAUUUCCGGCAGGCAUUACAAAAGCAGGGCUGUGAAGUGACAAUUAAGGAUCUAGACACCCUUUUGUCAGUCCUUGCUGAAAAGAAAAGAAAAAUGGAACAAGAAGAAGCUGAGAGAAAUAUGCAAAUAUUGUUAGACUUCUUGCAUUGCUUACGCAAGCAAAAGGUUGAUGAAUUGAAGGAGGUGCAAACUGAUCUCCAGUUUAUAAAAGAGGACAUUAGUGCUGUGGAGAAACAUAGAAUGGACUUGUAUCAUGCACGUGACAGGUACUCUGUGAAAUUGCGGAUGCUUGAUGAUUCUGGUGGAAGAAAAUCAUGGCAUUCAUCAAUGGACAAGAAAAGCAGUGGCCUGAUAUCUGGUCCUCUAAAUCCUCGGGGAGGGUUGUCAUCAGGGAGCCUUAAUAAGAAAAAAGAUGGAAAAUCCCAAAUCAGCUCUCUUGUGCAUGGAGUCCAGAGAAAAGAGACCAUCAGUGGAUCAGAUUCACAAUAUAUAAAUCAAUCGGGUCUUGCUCUAGUUAGAAAGAAGAGAGUGCAUACACAGUUCAAUGAUCUACAAGAAUGUUACCUUCAAAAGCGACGACAUGCAGCAGAUAAGUCCCAUAGCCAACAAGAAAGAGAUACAAAUCUCAUUAGUCGAGAAGGUUACAGUUCUGGUCUUGAAGAUUUUCAGUCAGUCUUGACAACUUUUACACGCUACAGUCGAUUGAGGCCCAUUGCAGAACUAAGGCAUGGGGAUAUAUUUCAUUCAGCUAACAUAGUGUCAAGCAUAGAGUUUGACCGCGAUGAUGAUUUGUUUGCUACUGCCGGAGUUUCCCGGCGCAUUAAAGUUUUUGACUUUUCUGCGGUUGUGAAUGAACCUGCAGAUGCGCAUUGUCCUGUUGUGGAAAUGUCUACACGUUCAAAACUUAGUUGCUUGAGUUGGAAUAAAUUUUCUAAGAACCAAAUUGCUAGUAGUGAUUAUGAAGGAAUUGUGACCGUUUGGGAUGUAACCACUCGGAAGAGUUUAAUGGAAUAUGAAGAGCAUGAAAAACGUGCAUGGAGUGUUGAUUUUUCAAGAACUGAUCCCUCUAUGCUUGUUUCUGGUAGUGAUGACUGUAAGGUCAAAGUUUGGUGCACAAAGCAGGAGGCCAGUGUCCUAAAUAUAGACAUGAAAGCAAACAUAUGUUGUGUCAAGUAUAAUCCUGGAUCGGGCAAUUAUAUUGCAGUUGGGUCAGCAGACCAUCACAUCCAUUAUUAUGAUUUGAGAAAUAUUAGUCGUCCAGUCCAUGUUUUCAGUGGGCACAGGAAGGCUGUUUCGUACGUGAAAUUUUUGUCUACAGAUGAACUUGCAUCUGCGUCAACAGAUAGUACACUGCGACUAUGGGAUGUGAAGGAAAACUUAGCAGUUCGUACUUUCAGAGGACACACAAACGAGAAAAACUUUGUUGGCCUUACAGUAAGUAAUGAAUUCAUUGCAUGUGGGAGUGAAACAAACGAAGUAUUUGUCUACCACAAGGAAAUCUCAAAGCCUGUGACUUGGCAUGGAUUUGGUUCCCCUGAUAUGGAUGAUGGUGAGGAUGAGGGAUCUUACUUCAUCAGCGCUGUAUGCUGGAAGAGUGAUCGCCCCACUAUACUAACUGCAAAUAGUCAAGGCACCAUCAAAGUGCUGGUGCUUGCAACUUGAAUAUAACCCAAAAAUGAAGAGAUUGUUGACUUGGUAUUAUCUUUUUCUUUGCUAUCGAUUCUACCAUUUCUUAAUUGUACAUAGUAUUUAAGUGUAUAUGCCAUAUGGUAGGUUUUAGAGAUCUUAAUGUAGUGAAGAAUUAAUUGAGGACGUAAACUUUUUUAUGAUAAAUCAAUUAAGGGACUGGACUCUAAUUUUUACCAAUUAAGGACCUCCACUUAUUAAAAAAGAAGAAGAGUAAAGUCUUUUUUGGGUCUCUAACAAAAAAUAUGAUUCCCACUUUCAUCCCUUAUAAAAUAAAAGUCAACUUUUGGUCUCUAUAUAAUUUCAGUUCUUUGAAAAUAUAGUCCUUCAGAAAUUCAAUGAAGAUUCAAUUUAAUCCCUAAAAAAUGAUUAAUAUGAGUACUUUUUUGUAAGGGACUAAAGUGAAAAUUGUAUUUUUUGUUAGAGACUCAAAAAAGACUUUACUCAAAAAAAUAUUAUCAAUAAAAAUAUUAAAAAGAAAAAAAAGUCUAUUUUGGCAUAUGGUAACAAUUAAUAACUUGAUCAAAACCUAUGGUGUAUAUGACAGAUUUUCCUUUUUAAUUGAUAGAUGUUAUAAAGAUAAUUUAUAAUUAAAAUUGAGGUCCUUAAUUGAUUGUCGAAGAAAGGUUUUUAAUUAAUAAUUCUUGAAGUCGAAGUCCUUAAUUGGUUAUCACUUUGAAGUUAAUGUCCUUCGAGAGCACUAUUGUAUGAGGUUAGGCUUUCAAUUGUCACUUCAAAGGAAGCACUGGCUAUUGCGACUGCAAGUGUCUAAUUUUGUUGACCUUUUUUGGUAGCUAUUGCUAACUUAAAUAGUUAAAUAUAAUGCCCUCGUGCU